AUGUCCAUAGCCAGAGUGACUGAGUGGCGCAAACUGCCUCUCAGUUUGGCCGAGCUUUGCAUCGACACAACCCUGCGAUGCGGUCAAUCGUUCCGAUGGCGCAAAAUCAAUGACGAAUGGUGCUGCACAUUAUACGGUCGGAUCGUAGCGCUGAAGCAAGAUCCAACUCACUUGCAUUACAAGGUCACUUGGCCUGUAAAGCCGACUUACCCGCUUACACCACCAGUCGCCGAUGGCGAAGUCAAAGACGACGAUACCGAAGAUUUGUUGCGGCACUAUUUGAGUCUUAAGCUAGAUCUCAAAUCUUUGUACGAACAAUGGUCAGAAGCAGAUCCGAACUUUCGCAAGAGGGCCCCUGAAUUCGGGGGCGUCCGUAUGCUGAGCCAAGAUGCAUGGGAAGCUCUGAUAUGCUUCAUAUGCAGUAGCAAUAACAACAUUCCAAGGAUAUCACAGAUGGUCCAUAAACUCUGCACGCACUACGGACCACUCAUUGGCCAUGUUGGAGAUGAGCCGUUCCAUGACUUUCCGACGCCAGAAGCUCUGACGGGAAAGUCAGUAGAAGCGCAUCUCAGAGAGCUCGGCUUCGGCUACCGGGCGAAAUACAUUGCGCAGACGGCGUCGAUCAUCGUGAAGGACCGGCCAAAGGGUUGGUUUGAGAGCCUUACAAACCCGGAGAACCCAUGCUAUAGAAGACCCCAAGGAGGCUCUGAGCUACCCCAGUACACAUAUAAAGAGGCGCAUGAGCAGCUCCUCCAGUUGGCCGGCGUUGGGCCCAAGGUAGCCGACUGUGUUUGCUUGAUGGGUUUGGGCUGGGGUGAAGCUGUGCCGGUGGACACACACGUCUGGCAGAUUGCCCAACGGGACUACAAGAUUGGCAAGAGCAAGACCAAAACUUUCAAUAAGAUGAUGUACGACGCCGUCGGUGACCACUUCAGGGAGCUCUGGGGUAAGUAUGCAGGCUGGGCGCACUCUGUGCUGUUUACGGCGGACUUGAAGACGUUUUCUGAGCGGACGGUGAAGAAGGUGGGGGAGGGACAAACGAUGAUAGUGAAGAAGGAAGUUAAUUUUGAUGAGGACGCACCGAUGCCGGGCAAGAAGCGCAAGCUCAUGAAGGCGAAGGUGAAGGUCGAGGUGGAUCACGAGAUGUCGGAGACGGUGUCAAAGGGGUCGUCGCCCAAGCGGAGAAGGACUCGGUCGCAGACACAGAUAUAA